UUUGGCAGAUCACUAGAGGAUCAGCUGGUGGUGACGUCAUCCAUUAUGGCUGCAAACUUGGUGGCAUCUCUGUUUGUGUUCCCUCUCCUUCAGUGCAUCGCUGCCGGUCUACGAAUAACAGAAGUAGAGGUGCCUCGCUACCUCAUGGUGGGACAGAAGGCCACCCUGCGCUGCCAGCUGGCACUCGAGGGCGAGGUACUCUACUCCCUCAAGUGGUGGAAGGAUGGCAAGCAGUUCUACCAGUACAUCCCGCUGAACAAGCCCCCGGCAGUGGUGUUCACCGUCCCAGGAAUCACCAUCAACCCAGCACGGUCGGGUCUACAUGAGGUGGAGCUAUUGGACGUACAGAGUUCCUCUACAGGCAACUACAGGUGUGAGGUGGUGGCUGAGGGACCCACCUUCAACACCCACGUCAUGUCUGCCAACAUGACCAUCGUAGACACCACUGACACGAAGCCGAGGGUGACUGGACUGGAGGCAUCGUAUAGAGAUGGGGAAACUAUUAGCCUCAACUGCACCUCGCUGCGAUCACGGCCUCCAUCUACCCUCACCUGGUCCAACAAUGGUCAGAAGAUCGCUAAGGAGCACCUGGUGAGUUACCCCUCGGCCACCUCGGAGGAUGACCCCACCACUACCACCCUGGGCCUGGUCCUCACCGCCCACGCCAGCCUCUUCACUGAUGGCACCCUUGACCUCAGAUGUAGCGCUACAGUGCACGCGUACGAGUGGAGUACAGACGUCUCCCUCCACCUGGACAACGUCACCUACAGCCAGCCCCACCACCUGCCCACCCUCCAGCAAACAGAUGCGGCCACAACCUACAUGUCACCGUGCGUCUUAACCCUCUUCCUCUCCUUGCUUACUUUAUGUCUGUGUAGACGAACGUAAUGUCUCCCCCUUAACAAGCAGCUUCUAUGAAGUAUUUUAUAUCCUCCCGUGCAAGUCGAACUCAUUUGAUAAUAUUUCCACUCAUUGCCAUUCAAGAUUUUCCCCCUUCGUAAUGGAGAGACACUUCCAGACACUCGCUGUGAUCACUAUGUUAUGAGAGGUUUAUCAGGGUCAACGCUCUAAGGACUUUUUUUUCCUUUUUGAUUUUGAAGAUUCAUCAGGCACAUUAGGUUGGUCUAAUUAUCAUUUCACCAUUAAAAAAAUAGAUGGUCUAUGGAGCAACAUACAGUUGAUUCGUGUCAUCAACACGAUACUUCUACCACCACUGGUAAUAGAACAGGUUGUCUGUAAAGGUGAAUAUAGCCAUUUUCUGAACGACAUCCUGUAUAUUUUGGUUGUAUACAUUGUUUUACCACCCCGGAGAUACUGUCAGGUGUCAGAGACUGAUUAAAUGUAAUACUCACAGUAAUUCAGGAUUUUAGUAUUACAAAAAAAAAAGUUAUAAAUAUUUUUUGUGUGUGUGUCAUUAGACAGACCUCCCUACGAUGCCUCUAAAACUCAAAACAAAAAGUGAAAAAAUAAUUUUUAUAGCCGUGACCUUUAGAGUUUAUAUAUACAUAUACAUAUAUAUCCCUGUCGCCCUCACCGUUCACGAUUGGAUACCCCCAUGUGUUACCUGAGAAGACAUCUCGCCCCUGUGGAUGCUCGCCCUUAUGGAUGCUGUCACCUGUGGAUGCUCGCCCUUGAGGCUGCUGUCACCUAUAGAUGCUCGCCCUUAUGGAUGUUAUCACCUAUGGAUGCUCGCCCUUAUGGAUGCUGUCACCUGUGGAUGUUCGCCUUGGUGGACGCUGGCACCACUACAAACAUCUCUCUAUCACUCAUCUCCCAAUGGACUUGUGCAUCACCAACUCAUUAAAAACAAAUAUGUCUGA